AUGUCUGAACGAGGUAGAGGCAGAGGAGCAACACGUGGUUCAAGAGGAAGUAGCAGAGGAAGAGGUGGAAGCACUUUUGCGCAGGAUACAAAACCUAAAAAAGAAUCAAUACUUGAUCUUUCAAAAUAUAUGGACAAGAAAAUACGCGUCAAAUUUAAUGGAGGGCGCGAAGGGUCAUUGAAAGGAUACGAUCCAUUAUUGAAUUUAGUUCUUGAUGAUACUGAGGAAUUUCUUAGAGAUCCUGAGGAUAAUCGAUUAUUGAAUGAGGCUAGAUUGCUUGGAUUAAUUGUUUGUCGUGGACCAGCUGUAAUAUUAAUAUCCCCGUUGGAAGGAACAGAAGAAAUCGAUAAUCCUUUCUUGCAACAAGAAUAA